AUGGCCCCAGAUACCAUGCACGACCCGAUCGAGGUCGAGGCGGCGAAGCAGACCGCUGAGACCGUGGAACAUGUGGCUCAGCCCAAUCAGACUCCGUUGCCUUACAUCGACCCGACUCGUCGAGCAGCCGUGGAGAAGAAGCUCAAGCGCAAGCUGGAUGCACGAUGCAGCGUGUUUGUCUUGAUUUACAUCAUGAACUAUCUGGACCGAAACAAUAUCUCGGCCGCCCGCUUGAAGGGUCUGCAGUCAGACCUGAACAUGACCUACAACCAAUACUCGACCUGUCUGAGCAUUCUCUACGUCGGGUACAUCCUGAUGCAAGUCCCCUCCAACAUGUUGAUCAACCGCAUCUCGCGGCCGUCGAUCUACAUUGCCAUUUCCAUGACUCUUUGGGGUCUGAUCUCCACAUGCUCCGGCAAUGCGAAGACCUUCGGCGACAUGGUUGCGAUUCGUUUCCUGCUUGGUUUCGUCGAGGCUGCUUUCCUUCCGGGCGCCUUGCUAAUUCUGUCCAAGUGGUACACGCGAAAGGAGCUGACCACCCGGAACGCAAUUCUUUUCUGCGGUAACCUCAUCUCGAAUGCUUUCUCCUCCCUGGUUGCGGCCGGGGUCCUAUCCAACAUGGAAGGAACCUUGGGCCAUGCGGCUUGGCGCUGGCUCUUCUGGAUCGAAGGAUCGGUCACGAUCACGAUCGCCAUUGCUGCCGGCUUCAUCCUGCCCGAUCUCCCCACCAACUCGCGUGGUUUCACCGAGGAGGAGCUCCUGGUGGCCCAGCUCCGUAUGAUCGAAGAUGUUGGCGAGGCGGACACCGACGACGAGCACCAGAGUCCCUUCGCGGGUCUGAUCAUGUCUCUCAAGGAUUUCAAGAUCUACAUCAUGAUGAUCUCCUUCACGGCCUACGUGCUUGGCCUGUCUUUCAACGCUUUCUUCCCCACUCUGACUGGAACCCUCGGCUUCGGCUACGUCCCCACCCUCCUCAUGAGUGCCCCUCCAUGGGUGUUCGCCUGCCUGUUCUCCCUAGUCAACGCCUGGCACGCCGACCGAACACAAGAGAAGAUCUGGCACAUUUAUGGCCCAAUUGCCAUGGGUCUCGUGGGCUUCAUCAUCUGCAUGUCCACCCUGAACGUAGCCGCCCGCUACGUCGCCCUCUUCCUCCAGGCCGGCUCCUACGCCGGCUUCAUCGUCUUCUACUCCUGGAUCAGCAGUUCCUUCCCCCGACCCCCCGCCAAGCGAGCCGUCGCCCUUGCUCUGAUCAACGCGUUCAGUCAGCUGGGUAACGUCGCGGGCUCGUAUGUGUGGGAUCUAUCCGAUAACGGAUACCGCAAGAGCUAUGGGAUUGUGACUGCCAUGUACGGUGUCACGAUUGUCGGGUUCUGGAUCUUCCGGAUGAUCCUGGUCAACCUGAACAAGAAGCUUGCGGCGAAUGAAGACGAAUGGGAUGCUGGACACCCCGGCCAGGCUGGCGAUGAUAUGAUCAUGGAGAAUGCGGAUGAGUCGUUGCGCAUGCGCAAGGGCUUCAGAUACCUUGUUUAG